AUGAUGUUGAAAAUCAAGGUAAAACGAAAAAGUAUCCCUUUACCUAAGCAAGUGCGAGUGGUGCACGCCACUGUGAAAAAGAAACUAGAAAAGUACGCCACUUGUUUAGCUUUCUGGAUGAUCUCAGCUGACGUGUCGUCUUUCGAGAUAAAACUGGAAUGGCUACCGGGAUUAGUUACCGCAAAGAUUAGGGAGUACAUUACUUUUCCGUACAUGCGUGUUAUACUCUCCAGCUUGUAA